AUGUUUUGUGCAAUUUCGGGAGUGUCUCCUCUGCACCCAGUCAUUUCUAUCAAGUCAGGCUACGUGUAUGAGCGAAGUUUGAUUGAGAAAUAUCUUAAGGAGAACGAAGGCAAGGAUCCGAUCACUGGGGAUACUGUUGAGCUUUCUGAGCUUGUCGACGUGAAAACAGUUCCAUCCGCUCCUGCCCCACCACCCCGAGCUCCUAACCUUUCAUCGGUGCCGGCUCUUCUGGUCACUCUUCAGAACGAAUGGGACGCCAACAUGCUCGAGUGUUACGAGUUGCGCAAGCAAAACGCAUCUCUACGUCAAGAGCUGUCCCACGCCCUUUACAAGGAGGAUGCAUCAAUGCGUGUUCUCGCUCGAGUACUCAAAGAACGCGAUGAAGCUCGCGAGGCGCUCGGGAGUGUACAGUCAUCCCUCGGUCUCACUAAUUCGUCAGAGACGAAGACCAAUGGGAACGACACGGAAAUGAAGGAUGCUGCUGAACCUCAGGGCCUGCCCGAGGCAGUCGUAGAUCGUAUCGAUACAACUUCCAAAGCUCUGAUGGCCACUCGCAAAAAACGACAAGUUCCCGCUGGCUACGCGUCUCCGGCGGCAUUGAAGACUUACGUUCAAAAGACAUCUAUACCAUCCCUCCAUUCGACCAAACCUCCUGGCAUUACCUGCCUGAAAGUCACCGGUUUGGAUGAUAAUUUGAUUGUAACCGGUGGGAUGGAUAAAGUAGUUCAAAUCUACGACCGCACGACAGAGAAAGUUCUUGCUACGAUGAAAGGCUCCACCAAAAAGAUCAGCUCGAUCGCAGUCGUUGGAGGUCAGAAUGCGACGUCGGAAGUACUACCUAAGAUGAUUAUUGCUUCUUACGAGAAAACCAUUCGGUUCUGGGUCCCCAGCGCAAAGAAAGUGGGAUACGUCGCCGGUGGCACCAUCGUCCAAUCCGACGAAGUUACAGGCAUCGACCUCCAUCCAUCAGAAUCUCUACUGCUCACCGGUUGCGGAGACGGUUCGUGGUCCCUUCACGAUCUCGAACAUCCAUCCGGAACGCCUAAGACAAUUCUCUCAGUCUCCCUGAAUGAUUUACCCCCCGGCACAAGUAUCAGCUCAGUUAAAUGGCAUCCUGAUGGUGUAAUUCUAGCUGUCGGGCUGUCGAAUAGCGCUUUGAAGGUGUUUGACGUGAAGACGGCGACUUGCGUGGCCGACUUCGAGGGACACACGGCUGUUGGUGGUGGACCGAUCAAAUCAAUGUGCUUUAGCGAAAAUGGCUAUUCUUUGGCGACGACGGCUCAACACUCGGCCGCGAUCAAACUUUGGGACCUGCGAAAAUUAACCAACUAUCACACCAUUACCCUCCCCGAAGGCUACGAACCUGCCCAGGUAGCUUGGGAUUACAGCGCUCAAUUCAUCGGAGUUGUUGGAAACGAUUUGCGAAUUUGGCAAAACAAGACGUGGGAAGAAUUGGUAGUGUAUGACAACAACGCUGCCGAACUGACCGGUCUCAACUUCAUCAGAGCUGGAAGCGAAAUCAUCGUCGGGGGUAUGGAUCGUACUGUCACUAUACUCUCUGCCCCUGUUGUUGCCAAUGAUUCAGCCGCCUCUUAA